AUGGCGUCGGCGUCGCGCGCGCUCCGCCUCUCCAAGCUGUCGCUCCUCCCCGCCGCCGCCCCCUCGCGCUUCCUCCGCCCGCUCGCCGCCGCGGGGAGCCUCCUCCCGGCCGCGCCCCCCGCCGCGGCGCCCGCCAGGGGGUUCACGACGCAGCCCGCGGCCUCGUCGCUCAGGGACAACUCCCCGAACUGGACCAACCGCCCGCCCAAGGAGACGAUCCUCCUCGACGGCUGCGACUUCGAGCACUGGCUCGUCGUCAUGGACCCGCCGCCGGGCAACCCCGCCAACCCCGACGUCCCCCGCGAGGAGAUCAUCGACACCUACAUCAAGACCCUCGCCCAGAUCGUCGGAAGUGAGGAAGAAGCAAGGAUGAAGAUCUACUCUGUCUCAACUCGGCAUUAUUUCGCUUUUGGAGCCCUGGUAUCUGAGGAACUCUCCUACAAACUCAAAGAGUUGCCUAAGGUUCGAUGGGUUCUUCCUGAUUCGUACCUGGAUGUCAAAAAUAAGGACUACGGAGGAGAACCAUUCAUAGACGGACAAGCUGUUGCUUACGACCCUAAAUACCAUGAGGAGUGGGUGAGAAACAGUGUCCGUGCCGGUGAAAGAAUCCGGCGCAACGACAGGCCUCGCAGCUUUGACAGCAACAGGCCAAGGGGCUUCGACAGAAGGAGUGGUCCUCCUCCACCCCCACCCCCAGUGCCGAACCAACAGAUGCCACCCCGUGAUGCUCCUCCAAUGCGCCCUGCACAGGGAAAUUUCCAGCCCCAGGCACCACUAAACCAACAGCCGGGCUAUGGUCCAGGGGUUGGACCAAACUAUCCGAAUGCCCCACACCCUGGCUACCAACCUGGUAACCAAGGUUACCAAGGUAACCCUGGUGGCAACAUGCAGAGUGGGCCAGGCCCAGCCUACCAGGGCAACAACCCUGGGUACCAGAGUGGAGGACCUGGCAACCCGCCUCCACCCCCUUUCCCAGGUAGCAACCAGCCUCCUCCUUACCAAGGUGGUGGUCGUGGCUAUGCUAGUGGUGCACUGGAGCAGCAAGGGCAAGCAGGUAACCCAGGCUACCAAGGCAGCGGUAACUACAACAACAAUGCUCCCUUGCCUGCCUAUGAGGGGACGGAUGGGCCCGGGAGGCAUUACCAAUAGAGAACUGCUAAAAGAAUGUCGUAUAGGAAGCUAGUAUGAGCUCUGGUCGAGGUGGUCUAUGUUGCUCUCAUGGACCUUCAUGCGUAUAUUCUCUAUCCCUGGUGAUGUUUUGAGUAGAACUACUACAAUCUUAGUUAAGUGUUUACGUGUUAUUUUUAUUCUCUUUGUUGAAAUAAAUACAGUGCUGACUAUGUUUUGGUAUAGAGCCAGAGCCUUGUUAUUUGUUGCCUUAUUGUAAUAGCAACAUCUUCUCUGUGGUCUUUCUACCAGAUCUGUUGAUUUA